AUGGUAGUCAUGACUCAACGAAGAGGCCACGGUGUUCAUCCGUUCCUGGCACCACCAGAAAUCGCACUGUCUAAAGGCCUGUACCCUUACCCGUGGCAAACAUCGUCAAAACGAUGCGUCUUGCUGGCCUCCUCGACAGCUAAGAAGCGGCUCUCAAUUAGCCAGCUACCGAAAAUGCUGACACAUGCUCCAGUGGUUCCGAUGGCCGCUAUGCACAUUCCAAAAUGCGGAGCAAUGGCCGUCGCGACCGGCUGGCAAACCGUAUCUGUAAUCACAAUCCCCGAGCAUCGCUACGAUCAAAGCUGCGACACCCGUAUCGAAAUGAAAAUCCGCUGUGAGAGAGGAGUAGAGAGCUGGAAGCCGGAGAUCAACGUACAGGAACAUCGUGCGCCGAGUUUGUUUGCCUAUUGGGGUUUCCUGGAGGGCGGCCGGGAGGAGGCCAUGCCUGCGCGGGAUCCCAAGCAGCCACAGUAUUUUGCACAUGUCGCUUCCCCUCUCGCGAAUAUUCUCAGUGUUUGUGAAGCGUCAAACUGCUGUAAUGGGCUUCCGCAGACCUCUGGUAACGGCGGCAGCGACUGGUUCGCAAUCACAAAUUGCGAGUGGCAGCGUGCAAUCAAGAGCUACUUGAAGAUAUACAUAAUCGGCUUCUACAGUGGCCAUGAUCUCCUGAUGCUGACCAUGGUGUUCAGAGAGACGAAGUGUCUUGGAAAGAGGAAGCAACAGAUGAUCGAUUUUGUCUACAGGACGCUGAUAACGAACUUCUUGAAGGAUAUUGGAAAUCUCAGGCCCGAAGGGUUCGCUGCGACAUGGCCUGACCAACCGACGGCCGUCAUGCCGCGAUGUCGAGUAGUCGAAGAGAUCAAGGCGCCGGAACCGGCUGACGUGCGGCACAUCGUGGAGGAGCCGAGUACCCAAGGUGACUUCCCAUCUAUCAUGUUGCCUAACGUUUUGAAUUGGCGAAAGUAG